AUGCGCGCGGGUGGCCGUCAUGCUCCCUACCAAAAUGCCGUAAAGUACGCAUUGCGGCCUCCAGCGUACCCGGGCCUACGUCUCCAUACGUUCCAUUCGACUGCCGGCCAUGGCUUCGUCAGGAUUCCGCAUCCUGACGGUCAAGACGUUCUACCUCCCCCGAAUCCGCAUGCUCGAGAGAUAGCCAUUCUGGGCGGAGGAUUCACAGGCCUCGCUACAGCCUUCCACUUAAGCAGCCAGCUUCCCAAUGCUAAGAUCACAAUACUUGAGAAGAACGACAGGCUCGGUGGAUGGGUUGACUCAGAGGUAGUCCAGGUAGACAAGGGAGAGGUUCUCUUUGAAUGGGGUCCCCGAACACUGAGAGCUGGAUUGGGCCCUGCGCCGCUUGCCAUGCUCGAGCUGCUUGCACAGCUUCACAUAGGUAAAGAUCUCGUCGCCAUCUCAAAGUCUAGCCCAGCUGCCCUUAAUCGAUACAUCUACUAUCCUGAUCAUCUCGUUCGCUUGCCUGUCUUGUCCAGACACACGUCGCUCUUUGAGCUGCUUCGGACUCUGAACGCUCUGCUCACGGAGCCGCUGUACGAUGGAAUUCUGAGAUGCACGAGAGAACCGUGGGUGCCUCCCCGGGAUGAAGAUGUGAAAGACGAAUCCGUCGGGGAUUUUAUAUCGCGAAGAUUUGACAAGAGUGUCGCGGAUAAUUUGCUCUCCGCUGUAUGCCACGGGAUUUUCGCUGGUGACAUCUACCAGCUGAGUGCCAGGACAUUGCUGCCGCAGUUGUGGCAUCUCGAGACCAGAGAUCGAGAAAGAGCGCCCGGCAUUCUCCUGGAGAUCCUGUCCAACAUGGUAAAUCGCACUACGUUCACGCCACUUAACGUUGCUCUACACGUACACCGGCAGAUUCUGGCGCUCAGAUCACGAGAGAACUAUUUCAGCAGAAUACCGAAUUUGGACAGCUUCGACGAAAUGAGCGUCUAUACAUUCAGGCGAGGGUUGGGUCAAAUUACCUCUGCGUUGGAACAAGAACUUAGCAAAAACAAGAACAUUUCCAUUAUACGGUCAACCUCGGUCGAGGAUGUCGUGUUCGAUGAGAGCAAGAAUCACGUAUCCAUCACGCGAAGCCCGGCUGGAAUCACCUCAAACUAUGAUUAUGUGGUCUCGACGCUGGGCCCCCGAUCGCUGAAACAGUUUCUCUCUGGCAGCGUCCGAGGGUCAGGCUCAACGCUGGACCCUAAGGUCAUAAAUGCAUGUGACCACAGCGACUGCUCGGUCAAUGUCAUGGUUAUCAAUCUUUACUACAGCAACCCGAACUUGCUGCCCUCGUCGCUCAGAGGAUUUGGGUAUCUUGUUCCACGUUCUGUGCCGCUCGAACAGAACCCCGAGCGUGUGCUGGGUGUGUUAUUCAGCUCCGAGACCUCGGGUCGUUCUGAUUCAGUCGCCCCCAGAUCUGCCGGCCCUCAUUUCACUUCCAUAGACAGUGAUCCGGCCAGCCCACAAGAUCCAGAUCCCCCAGAAGGCAAUUCGGAGGCUGUGCUACAGGAUACUGCCCCAGGCACCAAGCUGACGGUCAUGAUGGGUGGACAUUGGUGGAGUGAAUGGGCGCCGAGCGAUCUGCCCAGUGAAGAGCAAGCUAUUGAAAUGGCCCAGGCUCUUCUGAGAAGACACCUCAACAUCGAGGAAUCUCCUGAAGUGGCCAAAGCACGGCUCAAUCGCGAAUGUAUCCCACAGUAUCCCGUCGGAUAUGCUCAGGACAUGGCUACCAUUCAUGAAGCUUUAACGUCCACAUUUCACGGACGACUGAAACUUGCAGGUCCUUGGUGGCGAGGCGCUCCCGGAAUGAGCGACUGCGUCCUUGCUGCACGCGAAACAGCAUGGGCAAUCCGCGACAACGAAGACGACUACACCGGGAUACAAGGGUACACGCACGAGUCAUGGGUCAGAACUCAUGUCCCGACAGGAACGACCUCUACUGAGCGUAUGCAGUGA